UUAUUUAGUUUAUACGUUCUCUAACAUUCCUGUCGUAGUUAAUUACAAGUUUUUAGUUUCAAAUAAAUAUAAACAAUAUUUUGAUUGAUUUAAGUAUAAAUUAGACCAUUAAUGUAAAGUUAAAAAUGAUACCAUUAAAAUGUAUUUUACUUCUCAGCGCUGUAAGCAUAGUUUCAGCGCAGCAAAACCAAUUGGAGCAAAACAGAUGUAUUAUUCCAAGAAUUCUACAAGGAAGUUGGUUCUCAUGGGAAACUGGUUUUCCCACACAAACUGUAAUAGAUGCGACUUCCAUGUCACGCCGUGGAGUAUGUGUAACCAUGUCUGGCCAUGGUGAUGAGUAUUCAUUCAUAUUUAAAGAGCGGUCGGCAAAUUGCUAUCAUUGUGUUCGCACGGUUAUAAGAACACUGAAUGUGUUUGAAAAAGUUGAAGGUCCAUGCGUUUCUAUACCAACGGGAGUAGAGCCAAGCGUCGAAAAUGUUUGCAAAGGAAUAAGAGAUGACCAACAAUUAGUGACAUUGUUUAAUGAGAAUUUUGUUCCCAUCAAUUGUCGGUCGUCGCUUGAAGGCGUAUGGCAUUUCACAUAUCAAAAUCGUUUCCGGUUUACUGGUGUCUGCAACAAACCCGAUGCGCGUAUUCAAUCUUGUCAAACAGCUGGUACUCAAUUCUUGAUACAAAAUCAGAAAUUCAAUGUCACGUACCAACAGUGUGAGGGAAUGGAAGGCACAUUUUCCGGUACUGUGGAGUAUAGUUGCUUGGGCGAUUGGUUUGUCGGCAAAAAUCAUUAUUUUGCGGUGGCAAAUACGAAAGAAUCGCGAAAGGAUGAAAAAUACCGAUGUUUUCUGAAAAAUCGUGACGAUGAUUUGUACAUUGGUGUCUCUAUUACUGCUGAAUGUAAUACUUUGAAAACGCCAGAGAACUCGCCCGAACGUCUUAAGCUUACACCUGUAAAAGCGGAAUAUGUUGAACCCGGUUGUACUCUCCCACAAAAUUUCUCUGGUGAAUGGGUCAAUACUGCAAAUAUCGAUGCAGAUGUCUCUAUUAGUGAAACACAUAUAAACGAGACAUACUACCCCGAUCGAGCACGUUACCGUCGUACGAUAUACGUGUGUCGCGAGCGGCGAGAUAAUCGAAUUAUGAUGGCUCGUCUAACAGUGGAUGGCUGUCAAAAGGAUUAUGUAUGUUUUGAUUUUCAACCACGUCAUCACAAUAUUAUACGCUACCGCAAAGGUUUGGCUGUUAUCAAGGACGAUUUCAGCACAGUUUGCUCGUGGGUUCAGUUCAAAAAUGCAGAGGCUUGGAAAUAUGACUUGUUUCUAGCGAAAAAUCCGGUACCAGUACGUUGCCCAGUGGCGGGAAAAUUCAAUUUUACACAACGUGGAGAACAUCCCUUCAGAACAAGAAUUCUCGGAGGUGUAACCUUAAGUCCUCGACCGAACAUACAUUGCAAACAAAAUAUUUCUGAUUUAUCAGUCUGUGACACAGAUCAAAAAGAAUUGGCUAUUGAUGAGAACUACUGUCUAUCAGUAGAUCAUUUGGGAAGGCCUGUGGAUAUAUACAGUGACCCUGAUUAUCGCAUGAAGUGUAUAGGUUUUUGGAAAGAGAAUCUCAAAUCUUACCUCAUCACAUAUGAUGAUUUGGAUCCACUUUCUAAGUACCGUUGUUGGGUAUAUCAACGCGCAGAUUUAAAUCGUGUGCUAAUGUCGCAAGCUGUUGGAGCCUUUUGCAAACUAAAUCAAGAUGUCACCUCAUGGAAUCACACAGAGGGUGCCGCAGUCGCCAUUGAUGCCAUAGAGUACGAACGAGAGCGAGACGACUGCCCUAUGUACUUCGAUGAUGGUGCCUAUCCAUGGAAAGAUUCGGAUGCAUCCAACAUUAUAUUUGAUUGGGAUUUUUAUAAAGCAGGUGCGAGCCCCAUAUUGUCAUAUACAAGUGGUAUUUUUUUAAGUGUCGUCACAUGGAUUUUAUUUUAACCAACCGUGUUCAUUACCCGCUCUCACAAAUAAUUUUUUAGAAUAUGGUGUUAAAAAUUUUAAAAUGCAACGAUAUACCUUGAUCAGGAAUCUCUUAGAACGUAUAAUUUACGAUUUUACGAACUUGAAUGUGUCUUAUUAGCUCAUAAGUAAAAGUAUUCGAUUAUGUUUGUACAUUCCGUCCUCAUUGGUAACUAUAAUUCUAAGUCGAAAUUUAUAUAUGUAUAAUUACGUACAACUGUUAAGUGCAUUAAACCGUCCAUUUUUAAAUAAAAUAAAAAUUAAAAGCAAAUGUGAA